AUGUGCAACCUGCAAAUCCGGGAACAUUCUUUAGAUUGUCUCAGAUGCCUGCCUCAGUAUUGGCCCAAUAAUGAGAAGGACAAGUGUUUUCCUAAACCAGUGGAGUUUCUCUCCUGGGAUGAGAUCCUUGGGACUAUGCUGGCUGCUUUCUCUAUUGCUGGCUCUUUAGCAGCUUUUAGCAUAACUUUAGUAUUCUACAAAAACAGGGCUUCUCCGAUAGUAAGAGCCAACAACUCAGAGCUAAGCUUCAUGUUGCUCUUCUCAUUGACUCUGUGUUUCCUCUGUUCACUUACUUUCAUUGGUCGUCCCACUGAGUGGUCCUGUAUGUUACGUCACACAGCAUUUGGCAUCACUUUUGUCCUCUGUAUCUCUUGUGUUCUGGGGAAAACAAUAGUAGUGUUAAUGGCCUUCAAAGCUACAAUUCCAGGAAGUAAUGUCAUGAAAUGUUUUGGGCCUCUUCAACAGAGAUUCAGUGUUUUUGGUUUCACUCUAAUACAGAUACUUAUAUGUGUGCUUUGGUUAACAAUAUCCCCACCAGUUCCUUACAAUAAUAUGCAACAUUACAAAGAAAAAAUAAUUCUAGAAUGCAGUUUAGGAUCAGCUAUAGGUUUCUGGGCUGUACUAGGUUAUAUUGGCCUGCUAGCUUUCCUUUGCUUUGUUUUAGCUUUUCUAGCACGAAAGCUACCUGAUAAUUUCAAUGAGGCGAAAUUCAUCACAUUCAGCAUGCUCAUAUUCUGUGCUGUAUGGAUCACUUUUGUUCCAGCUUAUGUCAGCUCUCCAGGGAAAUUCACGGUGGCCGUGGAGAUAUUUGCUAUUUUAGCUUCAAGCUUUGGUCUGAUUCUCUGUAUUUUUGCCCCUAAGUGUUUUAUUAUUGUCUUUAGACCAGAGCAGAAUACCAAAAAACACUUAAUGGGUAAAAUACCAACAAAAGCCCUCUAAAACACACAAAAUUAGAUAUCAAAUGAUUUUACU